UUAUAGGUUGUAUAUCUACAAUAUAAACAUAUACACGAUAACAUUAAUGUUGAUUUACCAGACAAUAGUGGUGUUAGGAGGUUUAACUCAACGAUCAAGUAAAGUUCACGGUAAAAUUAGGUUGAGGCCAGAUUUAGAUAAAGAAAGUCAAAAAUGAUUUUUGGCUUCAUUAUGGAUUUUAAAGUACGGACAAGUAUAUGUCAUCGCUUCACGUGACCUUUGUAUAAACGUCAGCCUUUCAGAAACAAAAAAUAAAGAUCGGAAGAUAACGGUAGGUAAUUGUGAAAAGAAAGAUUUUAAAACCCUAGGAUCACGUGACAACUAAUAAUGAAGAUACAAAAAAUGAUUUUUAAAAUUGAUAAAACAAGACAUUGUUGUGAAAUAUAAUUACAGAAAAACAAAGACAUAAUAGAAAGAAUGUAACGACACGAAUCACAAUACAAUGCAUGGUGUCAAUACGUCCAGAUUACCACUGAUAGGAGAUGGGUUUCACAUCGGUGGAGUAAGAGCUGAUCGUGAACCACCCUCUCGAAGCUGGGCAAGGAUUAGGACGUGUUUGAUCGAUAAUCCUAGAGAUGAGGAAUUCAACAGACGACAGGAAUUCUGGAGCUACCAAAACAGAAACCGAGGUGUUGUGAAAUCCUUAUUGAAAAAAUUACCAAACGUUCCAUUCAGGAUUAAAAAAAAGAAAAUGCGACAAAAAGAUAUUGAAACGGAAAGAGACAGAAUUCGCCAAACUAUUUCAAAACUUCCAAACAUAUCCAAUACUGAAAAAAUAAUGGAACAGGAUUCUCCUGGGCGAAGUACGAGACCUCGUCCGCUAGGAAUGUCUAAGUAUUCAGACUUUAAUUUUAGAUCAAGUGAUAUAAAUAGAGCAAAUUUGAAGGAUGUAACGAGGGAAACAGACAACAAUAAUAAUUCGAAGGAUAGUGAUUUUAUUCCGAAUAGUAAUCGACUUCCGCUGAUAGACGAUCGACCAACAAAGACGAGUCCGGUCAAAGGAAAUGCAAAAUUAGACGAACAUUCUAAAAAGGUUUCUUUUUCUAUGAACGAUUUGAGCAAAGAGAUCGACAACAGAUGUUCGACUGCGUUCUCUCAUUCAAGUACGGUAUCGGACACGGCUAUAGAGAAUUAUGGACAUACUAGUCAUGGUAUAGCCGAUAUAAUGCCUCGAACAGUGCUAGAUGUCGUUCCGGAAAACACUAAAAUCGAUUCCGAAAAUUCAAACAAUUCUAAAAAGAAAUCGAACAACUCGAUUCCAACUGUUUCCAACAAUCAUAAAAACUGGUUUCAGAGAGUCGUUGGAGAUAAAGAAUUGAUUGCCUCGAAUGAUUAUGAAAAUUUUGCUCGAACUGCUCGUCCUUUAAAUGAUCGACUCUCGGAUGACCAACCUACAAACAGUAAAAUUCCACCUGAAAAGCAGUAUUCAAGAUCUGGAUGGAAUGUGCAUUCGCAGCCAUUUUUUUCUAAUUACAAUGGAAUGGACAGACAUGACAAUAAAACAUCAAGAUUGAGUUCUACAAAAGUAGGAGCUAGGUCAGUUGAAUCUAGGUUAAAUGAUCAGAAUUAUGUUAAAAAUAAUGAAACUGAAAAACUUAGAAGAUUUGAAAGAACAUAUCAAGCUCAAACCCUAACUCAAACAAGAAUUGCUGAAAGAUUAAGUCAGGGUAAAUCACCGGACAGGUACGGUCGAUCUCCGGAAAGGAACGGUAAAUCACCAGAGAGAACGUCACCUGCUCAAACGCAAACUCCUAACCGACUUGCCGAUAGAGUUGCAUUAAGUCGUUCACCCGAAAGAAUGAGUCAGGGUCAAGUUUUCAAUAGAAACUCCCCACAAAGACAAAACAAGCUCGUUAGUAUUGAACAUCAGUUUAAUGAUCUCGGCCAUUCUCCCCAAUUUUCACCUUCUCCAAGAUAUAUGGGUGAGUAUAAACUGACAAAAUCGCCACCACCCGUCUCUCCUGGUCGAUAUUUUCCUAUCUUUCCAACUGAUGGAUCACCGAUGAGAAAAGUUGGUGGUAGGGGCAAAAAUAAAUUUCAAAGGACAAAUUCAAGACAAGAGCCAGUAGUGUUACCGUUACAGGAAACAGAAGGCUAUAUGAUUUCAUAGGAACAUGACACUGAACAGAGAGCUACAUGAUUUCAUAGGAACAUGAGAUUGAGCAGAAAGCUACAUAAUUUCAUAGGAAAAUGCGAUUGAACAGAAAGCUACAUAAUUUCUUAGGAACAUGAGACUGAACAGAAAGCUACAUGAUUUCAUUGGAACAUGAGACUGAACAGAAAGCUACAUGAUUUCAUUGGAACAUGAGACUGAACAGAACGCUACAUUAUUUCAUUGGAACACGAGACUGAACAGAAAGCUACAUGAUUUCAUUGGAACAUGAGACUGAACAGAAAGCUACAUGAUUUCAUUGGAACAUGAGACUGAACAGAAAGCUACAUAAGUUCAUAAGAACAUGGGACUGUGGAUUAUUUGUUUAUAUUGCAGUUGAACUAUUACUAGUAUUCAAAUUGAAUUUUAAAAUGUUUCUAAAGCCAUCAAAAUUUUGCUUUUAUUUAACUUUCUUAGAAAUUGCAUAAAAUGAAAGUCUGGAUGGUUUUUAGAUAAUGGAGAGCAAUGGGUCGAAAAAGUAAAUGAUAAAGAAAAUUAGCCAAAUAAUAAAGUGUAGAAAAUAAUGAACGAAAUUCAAAAUGGACUUACAACUUUAUAAAAACUGAAAUCCAUAAUAUGCAUGGCUUAAUGUUAUUGAUUGAUACACAUUUUGUUGUCUCACAGUUAUCCAUUGUUUUAAAGUAAAUCGGGUUGACUGAAAUUAAGCACUGUAUUUCAAACACAUGAUUUUUCGUUAUUAAUAUUUAAUAUUUGUUAUUCUUAA